UGAAUAAGCAUACCAAACAGAACCUCUCUUUAAUUUGCUUCUCUCUCAGGUUCUUUCUCCCUUCCUCUCUAAACUCUCAACUAACUUUGCAUAUCUGAUUUUCCCUCACUUCCACGCGCUGUCUCUUAUUUUCUCGAGAAAUUGCCGUCUACAUCGAGGACAGAUUCAUAUUGCUUGAUCUAUUUAUGCUUGAUAUAUCGCGUAUAGCUUCAAAAUUCUCGAAUUGUUUACGAUACUCAUGUACAUUAGCUCAUACCUGAAAGAAAACUUUAAAUAAUUAUGGAAAACAGAGCUUUACAGAACGGAGUUUGCUCCUCAGAGUCGGUUGACGGGAGCCGCGAUGUGUGGAGCUGUAAAGACUCCGAUUCUUCAUCUGCCGAUCAUCUCGUCGUACUUGUCCAUGGAAUCCUUGGAAGUAGCGCAGAUUGGAAGUUUGCAGCUGAGCAGUUUGUUAGAAUGCUCCCAGACAAAGUUUUUGUUCAUCGUAGUCAACGAAAUGAGUUUAAGCUGACUCUAGAUGGUGUUGAUGUAAUGGGUGAGAGAUUGGCAGAGGAGGUGCUUGAAGUGAUCAAAAGAAAGCCAAAUUUGCAUAAAAUCUCUUUUGUUGCACAUUCUGUGGGAGGAUUAGUGGCAAGAUAUGCAAUAGGGAAACUGUAUAGACCACCCAUGAGAGAGAGAGUUGGGGAUUCAGAGGCUGAUUUGAGUGAAGGAAAUUCACAGGGCACGAUAGGCUGCUUGGAGGGAAUGAACUUUGUCACAGUUGCCACACCUCAUCUUGGUUCAAGGGGUAAUAAGCAGGUGCCAUUUCUGUUUGGUAUGCCUGCCCUUGAAAAAACUGCUUCUCUUGUUAUUCACUGGAUAUUUAGGAGAACAGGAUGCCACCUCUUUCUUACAGAUAACGAUGAGGGCAAGCCACCGUUGCUUAGACGUAUGAUAGAAGAUGAUGGUGAAUGUUAUUUCAUGUCUGCAUUACGUGUGUUCAAACGUCGAGUGGUGUAUUCAAAUGUGGGCUAUGACCAUAUAGUGGGCUGGAGAACAUCAUCAAUCAGACGAAAUAGUGAACUGCCACAGUGGGAGAGUUCUCUUGAUGAGAAGUAUCCACACAUUGUGUAUCAAGAACACUGCAAGGCCUCUGAUAUUGAGCAAUGUGAGCUUGUUUCAGCAGAAGAUGAUGGUGGUGACAAGCUAGAAGAGGAACUGGUGACAGGCCUUUCCUGUGUAUCGUGGGAAAAAAUAGAUGUUAGCUUUCACAGCUGCAGACAGAGGUUUGCAGCUCAUAGUGUUAUACAGGUUAAAGAUCAUGCCAUGCACAUAGAAGGUGCGGAUGUCAUUCAACAUCUGAUUGAUUGUUUUCUUAGUUAAAGAAGAUGAAUUCCACGAGCUACACAUUGGUCUCAUGAUGAAUGGCGUGAAUUCUCGCCAGCGACAAGAUUAAGGUCUUCUCUAAUGAUACGAUAUGAAAUCUUCACAAAUUGGUGUCAAAUCAGCAAUGAAGAGAAUUUUGUUAACUAUUAAUCUUUUUUGUAAUUUAAAUGUGCAUAAUAAAGCUAAUAAUGUAAAUUAUACUUCCUAAUAAAUUUUAUAGUCGCCUGUCUUUUUUUCCUUCAGGUUUUGGAAAAUGAAACUGAAAUGAAGUAUGGAGAAAUAUGGAGUCGGUUAAGGGCUUAAGGCCGUAGCACAAACUAUGGGGGACUGGGCGCUUGUUGUGGACAGUUGAAUGUGUUUUGUUCUGUUUUAUUGUCUACGUAAUUGGUGAUAUUUUUUAGAGAACAAAUAAUUGCAGAAUAAUAUCUCAACAAUUCGCAGAA